CUUUUGGUCUUCGCUCCUUCCCUUGAGAGGAAUCGGAACAAACAAAAAACAAAUUCGCCCAGACGAAAUAAUCCAAGGAAGGAAGCAACGCAUCCCCUCUCUUCCCCGCGAUAUAUAAAUUAACCAGCCGAAGAUCUUUCUUUCUUUCUUCCCUUCUUCCCUUUCCCACCCCUCAACGACGCCGACUUCAAAUUCGCCUGCCUCCCUUCUCUGCCCACUCCAAUUCUUCCCUCUUCGGAAUCACAGACUCGACUGUCUUCCUUCUCUCAACCACGCCCAACUUCUCAAAACUCCUUCCCGGAACCCUCGCCCCCUCCUACCACAUCACAAUGGCCCCUCGCACCGAUUUCCCUCCCAUUCGGGCUUGCCUCUUCGACAUGGACGGCCUCCUCCUCGACACCGAAGACCUGUACACCGCCUGCAUCAACCUCAUUCUCGAGCAGUAUGGUCGCCCUCUCCUCCCCUGGAACAUCAAGGCCAAGCUCCAGGGUCGUCCCGGCCCCGACGCCACCCGCAUCUUCCACGAGUGGGCGCAGCUCCCCAUUGCCCACGACGAGUACCACCAGAAGCUCUCCGCCCACCAGCGCAAGCUCUUCCCCACGACCGGACCCCUCCCCGGCGUCCCCGACCUGCUCCAGAACCUCGGCCGCACCCGCUACUGGGACCUGAAGCCCGCCGCCGACGGUAAGAAGGACCCCCACCGCGUCCAUAUCGCCCUGGCCACCUCCUCCCACGAGGCCAACUUCAAGCUUAAGUCGGACCACCUGACCGAGCUCUUCUCCGUCUUCCCCUCCCACCGCCGUGUCCUCGGCGACGACAAGCGCAUCGCUCCCGGCCGCGGCAAGCCCAACCCGGACAUCUUCCUGCUCGCCCUCAAGACCAUCAACGAGUCCCUUGGUGACGGCGAGAAGCCCAUCACCCCGGAGGAGUGCCUCGUCUUCGAGGACUCGGUCCCCGGCGUUGAGGCCGGCCGUCGCGCCGGCAUGCGCGUCAUCUGGUGCCCCCACAAGGGCCUUCUCAAGGAGUACGCCGGUCGCGAGAAAGAGGUCCUCGCCGGCCGCACUGGCGAGGCCGGCCAGGUCGACAUGCACCAGGUCGGCGAGAUCGACGAUGGCUGGGCCGAGUAUCUGCCCACCCUCGAGGACUUCCCCUACGAGAAGUUCGGCAUGACCAUUCCCCCCGUCGAGGUUGACAACGAGCCCUUCAUGAAAGAAAACGUCGGCGACGUCCUCGUUGACAAGACCAACGGCUCCGCUUAGGGGGUACAGAAAACCCUCCCACCUAUCAACGGACACGAAAUGACGUUGGGCGGGCAUCUGGAUUGGUUUAACUUGGUAUUGGGUUCUUUAUUUUUUUAUUUUCCCCAAAGGUUUUUGUUCCGUGCCGAGCGUAAUCACGAGAACGGCCAUGGACGAAGAGAAAAUAAACGCAUUUCACGACGACUGACGAAGGAAUGGGAUCAAUGGGGGUUACGGUCGUAGAAGACGAUCCUGGGAGGAAACAAACUCGUCAUAGAAUGUCUGGUGCCAAACGACGCACCAGACCUUUUUGCUUUUACAUGAGCAUUGGCAUUGCGAUAGAUUCCCCCCCGUAAUAGAGAAACCAGACACGAAUCAGACAUACACAAACACAUACACACUCUGAAUCUCACAAGUCAACGCCGGCUGGAGGUGCACAGGAGUAUGUUUUGCCUCCAUUUUUUUGCGCGACCAUCAGGGAUGAAGUAGACGGGAUUCAAAAGCGCCCGAGAUAGAACAGCAUAAACGUUAUCUCUCAUGGUAUCGAUGCCUUUCGCAGAGCGUGGGCUCCUCCCCUUUUUUCAGACCUCUUUUCUC